AUGGUGCGGCUGCAGCGCGCCGCCAGGCAGCACGACUGCAACGCACUCGGCGCCGGUCCCCGCUACCCAUACCCCAAGGAGGUCUGGUCGCCAGCUGGCGGCUGGUGGACUCGCCCGACGAACUGGGCCUCGAACACGGCCGUGUGCGCCGUGGGCAUCGCCCUGGCGACGUGGGGCAUCUGGAACUACAGCGCAGAGCGCGAGUGGCGCCACAACCCGCCGACGAAGCAGAUCCCGUCGAUGGCGUGGGCCCGUCAGUUCAAGGAGGGCGAGAUGACAGUCAAGGAGCCCUAG